AGGCUGGGAGCCGUUCUCAAGCCCCUACUACCCUAUCCACCGAUGGUUGGUGGCGUUUCGGGUUACUUUCUGGAAAUGCCGAAAUUCGAUUUCAAUUUGACGGGGAUGGGUGAGAUGGUCGAACUGCCCGGCAUAAUGAACGCAAUUCGAUCGAUCGUCAAUCAACAGAUGGCGAACAUCUGUGUGCUACCCAAUGAAGUGGUUGUGCCGCUUGCACCGAACGUCGACGUGACGAAACUCUAUUUCCCGGAACCAGAUGGCGUUGUUCGAUUAAAAGUGAUCGAAGCGAAGAAUCUAGAGAAUCGCGAUAUUGGUUUCUUGAAGAAAGGCAAAAGUGAUCCAUAUUGCGAACUACAAGUCGGGUCGCAGUUUUUCAAAACACGAACGAUCGAUAACGAUUUGAAUCCGAUCUGGAAUGAGUACUUUGAAGCCAUCGUGGAUCAGGCAAGUGGGCAAAAAUUGAGAAUGGAGUUGUUCGAUGAGGACACGGCUGGUAAGGAUGAAGAGUUGGGUCGAUUGAGUCUGGACAUGGACACGAUCAAGAAAGAAGGCGCCAUUGAUAAGUGGUUUCCGUUGGAAGGCUGUAAACAUGGCGAUAUUCAUCUUCAGGCCACCUGGUUGAAUUUAUCGAAGUCGACGCGAGAUCUGGAACGUCAAGAUUGGGAAACCGAAUGGUUACGUGCCGACAAGCCCAUUCAUCCGGCGCUUUUGAUGGUUUUCGUCGACGCUAUCUCAGAUCUACCUUAUCCGAAAGCAAAACUGGAACCAUCGCCGUUCGUUGAGGUUCGACUCGGGCAGCGAACGCAAAAAACACCAGUCAAAGUUAAGACCGUGAAUCCACUCUUCCAAUCGAAGUUCUCCUUCUUCGUACGAAAUCCGGAAGGACAAGAUCUCAUUAUUGAGGUAGUAGAUGUUGAAGAUUUGUUAUCGAACCUUUUUCAUACGAUUGGCACCGAUGAGCACUAUUGA